AUGUCUGUGUUUGAUAGAGCUGUGGAAAAGAACAGCACUCUGACUUUAUCUGAUUUCCUUCCUGAUCCUGAGGGACCCUUUUUCCGGAGUCUGAAGCCGCAGACUUUAAAUUCCUCACAGCUAAAGAACGCCAGCCUGCAGCCGACGGUGUCGGAGUCAGUGAGUGUAAGAAUGAUGGAUAUUUUAAUAUCAGCGGUGCUAUUGUUAUCCUUUAUAUCGGGAUUUGGCUCGAAGCAAACUGGAAGCUGCAGGCCGUUUUGUUCUGGAGAUGACUGCAUAACCGUGAAUCGGCACAGCGUGGAUUUCAGAACAGCUGAGGAAGUGUGUCGUGAAAGCAAUGGAAAGCUUCUGACAUUUCAGUCAAAGUCUGAUAAGCUAAUAUUUGAUAUUUUCAGGAAAGAAUUCCUCGGAAACUUCUGGAUCGGAUUACGUUUGCAAGCUGGAGCCUGCAGCAAUCUCUCCACCCCUCUGAGAGGCUACGAUUGGAUCUCUGGUGACAAGAACAGGACCUUUAUUCCGUUCUUCAAGACCUGGGCACAGAGCACUGAACUCUGCUCUCCACACUGCGUAGCCCUUUCGAACGAUGAAAACUUAACAGAGAGGCAGUGCUCCGACAAAGCGGAUGGCUAUCUGUGCAAAACAAAACUCAAAGAUGCGUGCCUGGCACAAACUUUACCAUUUCCAAUUAUUUUUCAAAGCUCUGCCGGCUGCAAAACUGGUCCUUGUGAGCACACCUGCACUGAUGUAAUUGGGGGUUACAAAUGCUCCUGUUUCCAAGGAUAUAUCCCUGACAGAACAAACCCCAGACAGUGCAAAAUACACUGUGCAAAAGAGGUAUGCCUUCCAAUAUGCGAGAAUACUGUUGAGGGCCCGUGUGAGUGUGCUGACGGUUUUUUACUAAGUGAUGGCAUUUGCAUGGACUUGGAUGAAUGUGACAUGAAUCACUGUGAUCAAGACUGUAGAAACACUAUUGGGAGUUUCGUGUGCUCCUGCCGGGAAGGGUUUAUACUUGAAGCCGGGGUCAAAUGCACCCAAGCUUCGGACGGUGACAGAUAUUUAACUGGAGCUCCAGUCUCGGAAUUUGUUAAACCAGCUCCCAAAAACAGCACGGUGAAGAGCUCAUCUGCUCCUGCAGGUGUUUUCCUCUGGAUUUGGGUUGUUGUUGCGGUGGCUGUGCUCGCAUCGGUGUUUGUUAUCAGGUUUUACGUCAUGAAGCGGCAGAGACGCAGAGAGCAAAGCUCCGAUCUGCAGUCCACUGCUCCAAGAGACAGUACUGAAGGAUGAACACGGUCUGCACGUGGUCAACAUGAACAUACUGUACAUUCCACUAGUGUCUUAUAGGUUCAUUUGUCUUUUAGUCUGUAAUGUAGAUCAAAUACGUGAACGGUAUUGCAUAGAAUGCAUAGUGAGGAAACAUGCUACAAUUCAGGGAGACCAAGUUGUUAAAUUUAGAGCAACUUUUUCAGAUAUGAAUAAUUCUACAUUUCUUGUGUGCAGAAUUACAAUAAAAGCAGAAAUAUCGGUUGUUUUUCUUUUAACAUCCCUUUUAAGCAGGAAACAGCCCACUAAAGGUGUCCCCACCCAAGGUUAAAGGUCACAACGCUGAUGAAGAAUGUUUCCUUUUUGUUAAAACGUUGAUGAUUGCUUCAGGGAUAUAUUGAGCCUAUUUGUAACCAAGUCUUAAAAACUUUUUUAAAUGUAUAUAAAAAUGUAAAUAAAAUGCACUAUCCAUAAUACUGAAAGUAUAAUAGCAUUAAAUGUACGGAUGGGCAAAAAUAUCGAUAUAGCAAUAUAUCCCGAUACUGUGCCAGUCGAAUUGAUUUAUUUUUUUCAAUAAUAAAUCAUGUUUCAGAGAG